GAGGUCACACUGUCGGUUGAACGAAGAAGGAAAGAGGCCAACUUCCGGUGUGGUGCGUUGCUGCCGUUGAACAAGGACCAUAGGAAAUAACUGCCAGGAAAAUGCGGUAGGCAGUUGUCAUAACUGAAAGCGAAAUAAAACACAGCACAAGUGUUAUCAUUACGACUUUAAAAUAAAUGUGGCAUAUGGUUGUAUGGCCUAAGGGCUUUGUGACGGAAGCAAUCGGGUUAGCUGAUCAGUCAUCGAUCGAUCGGUAUUAGGGAGUGCGCGAGCUCUGCGCGCGGGUGAACAUGGGGACGAGAUCGAGCCGUUUACAUGAGGAAGCUGCUUCGACACCUUUCGAUAAAGAUGGCAUCAAGAGAGAAUCCUGCCGACGAAUCCAAAGCACCAGGCCCACUAGCCUCAUGGUGGAGUUCUCCGGGAGUUUUGAUCAUGACUCCGAGACGAACCGCAGCAGGUCAGAGGAGGGUAGCGACUCGGAUACCGGGCAGCAGGCGAGCAGCGAAGGCAGUCCCGCCGACCGCCACACAUCCCCGUCGCUGAGCAGCCAGGCCUCGCCGACGGACGAGAACGGAGCCGAUGAGAAACGCGAGGAGGAUGACAGUCCUGGAGGCCCUGUGGGCGGAGAGGAAAUAGGCCGUGCACCGCAGCGCACUUUCUCGGAGCGUUUGCCCAGCGGUCGCCAUUCUUCCACCGGCGGCGUCACGGCGAGGUCCGCCCGGCUGAGAGGGACCCACGCACGGCCAGUCUCCGAGGCGUGGAUCGGCCUCUACAGGCUCAACAACCGCCACGGUGCUAUUCGCUGUCCCUUUUGCACCAAGCCGUUCCCUGGAGGGCGGAUCGAGGAACACCUUUUAAGUUGUCUAACUUCUCCACCUCUCCCUUAUAACACGGAUGUGCUAGCUAAGGACAGUGGAGAGUGCUCUAUCUGUCUCGAAGACCUUCUACAGGGAGAAACCAUUGCUCGGCUGGCUUGCCUGUGCGUUUACCAUAAGAGCUGCAUUGACACUUGGAGCAAAGUGAAGCCGUGCUGCCCUGAGCAUCCUUUUGAUUGAUUCAUGUUCACGUGCAAUGACAAUGACUCAGGAGACUAUACCCCCCUGGCAGGUGCAUAUAUUUUCUGACGAGAUGAUUGAGAGAAAGACACAAA